AUGAAGUUCCUCGUAUUUUCUGUUGCAGUUGCUCUCGUUGCUGGACAACAGUUCCAGCAGAGUCUGGAAUUCAACAACCCAGCUGUCAGGCUUGCUGGUCCAGGAUUCUUCCAGCAAGGAGGCUCAUUAAGUUCUGGAUUCAGUUUUGAUAGCAGCAGAAACAAUCAGUUCCAAAAUCGAGGAUCAAUUGCUCAGUUCAGUCCUCUUUCGAACAACAGAGACUCUGAGUCCUUUGUGAGGUUCCAGAAUGAUAAUCAAUUCCAGUCUGGAGGAAUAUCUUUCCAGAAUAACCAACAAAAUACUUUAAAUUCAUUCGAUAAUGAAAACCGAGAUCGGUUCCAGGCUCAAUCCCUUCAACAAAAUCAACAAGCUAUAUUCUCCACUAGCGCAUUCCAGCAAGACGGUGGUAAUCAGUUCCAGUCUACCAGCAGUUUAAGCUCAUCUCAAAUCAACGAUGGCUUCAGCUUAGGUUUCACCCAAGGACUUUCAUCCGGUCAGCCUCAGACUUUCACUGACAACCAACAGGACUCAAGAAGGAACAGCCUCACAGCCAUCAACAUCCAGUUGACACCCUCAGUUAGCUUCCAGGACCAGCAAAUAACCGGAACGUCCUUCCAGACCAACAGGAAUCAACAGAACAAUGAUAAUCGAUUCCAGCAAACUAGCUUCACUGGAACAAGGUUCGUAAACAACAACAACAACAACAACAACAACAUCCAGUUCAACACCGACAGCCAGGUGUCAUCCACAAGCCAAUCUCAGUCCAACAACAGACAGCAGCUGAACGCGGCUUCCUCCUUCAGCCAGUUCACUGACGAGGUCAACGGCGUCUUCGAGCCUUUGAACCUGCCGUCGGGCGCCACCCUUUUGCUGGGCAGGAUCUCGUCCUCCUUCAGCUGCGCCGACAGACCUUAUGGUUACUACGCUGACCAAGAGAACUCGUGUCGUGUGUUCCAUGUCUGCAACCCUGCUCUGUUCUCUGACGGAAAGAUCGAGACCUACCAGUACAGCUUCAUGUGUGGCGAAGGAACAGUCUUUGACCAAGACGAGCUGACCUGCAAAGUGGAGUAUGACGCAACACCUUGCCAAGAGGCCCAGAACUUCUACUUCAGAAACGAGCAGUUCGGUCGUUUGGAGGACAGGAAUUUCUAGAGGGCUCCAUAGACAAUGAUCAGAGUAUUUGAGUGUCUCAAGUGUAACUCAAAGUCAGGUCGAUUUUAUGUAAAAGUGGUACAUUA